CUUAUACUGAAUGGCACAUGAGAUAAUGCUCUCUGCAGUCUGUUUUUUAAAACUGGUAGUGAUAGACGGGGGGUUGAACUAUUGAGUAAAAUCUGCAGGAAGCAGCAGCUGCUGGAAAAGCUUCUACUGAAAAACAAAGCAGGCUAAGGUGAGAGAAGAAAGGGGGAGGGAAGAGAAAACAAAAAAGAGAGGACUCCAAGAGAGAAAAGCAAAUAAGAAACAGAAAACAAACUGAGGGAGAGACUGGAGAAAACUGAGGGCAAAUAAAAAAGGAUUAACGAGACGAGGAUGGGAAGGGACAAAACAGUGAAAAAUAAAGGCAGAGAUGUGACAUAGAAUUGGGCAAAGAUUAGGGGACACUAGGAAGGGGGAGGAUGAUAGCAGAGUAAGGAAACAAAUGAAACCUGGGUUGGUGACAGAGAGGUAUAAAUCAUGAGAGGGGAACUGCAUGAGGUAUAAGGAUAGUACAUAAGAAGUAACAGUGAGGACUGCACGUGGGAGGUUGGUGAUGCCAACGAAGCAGGGAAGAAGGACAGUGAUAAAAAAUCAAAUAGAGGGAGCAAAACAGGCUGUAGUGUGAGACAGGAGGGAUAUGAGGAGGAGGAAGAAAGACUGCAGGAGAAAGCAGACAGCCAAGAGACUGGUAUUGUGCAACUUGUUUUUCCAAAGAAAUGAUUGUCCUCUCUGCCUUGUGUUAUUGGCAUCACAUAUAACAUCUGACAACACUACACAAAAUGGCUGUGGAAGAGGUGGAAAGCCAGGCUGUUCCCCUCACUGCUUCAAGCCCUGAACAUGUCCGCCUCAAGUCUAAUGUGGGGUCUGAAGUCCCCAAUCCCCAGGAAACCAUGCAACUCAAAAAGGAAAUCUCACUACUUAAUGGAGUCAGCCUUAUCGUGGGCAACAUGAUCGGCUCAGGAAUAUUUGUAUCUCCUAAGGGUGUCCUCAUCUACUCAGCAUCCUUUGGGCUAUCACUGGUACUAUGGGCAGUAGGUGGAGUUUUCUCAGUGAUUGGAGCCCUUUGCUAUGCAGAACUUGGCACAACUAUUACAAAGUCAGGUGCCAGCUAUGCUUACAUCCUGGAAGCUUUUGGGGGGUUUAUAGCUUUCAUCAGGCUCUGGACAUCCCUGCUAAUCAUUGAACCCACCAGCCAAGCUGUUAUUGCAAUUACCUUAGCCAACUAUUUGGUUCAGCCCAUCUUUCCGUCAUGUGAACCUCCAUAUGUGGCAUCAAGGCUUCUUGCUGCAGCAAGCGUGUGUCUCCUUACCUUUGUAAACUGUGCAUAUGUUAAGUGGGGGACACGAGUGCAGGAUCUGUUCACUUAUGCGAAAGUCAUUGCCCUAAUAGCCAUCAUCAUUACGGGUAUUGUUAAACUGUGCCAAGGAUACACAGAGCACUUUGAGGACUCGUUUGCAGGAUCUUCAUGGGAUGCUGGAGACAUCUCACUUGCACUGUAUUCUGCUCUCUUCUCUUACUCUGGCUGGGACACCUUAAACUUUGUUACAGAAGAAAUUAAGAACCCAGAAAGGAACCUGCCUUUGGCCAUUGGUAUUUCCAUGCCUGUUGUAACCGUCAUCUAUAUCCUGACCAACGUGGCUUACUACACAGUGCUGGACUUCAAUGCUGUUGUCAGCAGUGAUGCUGUGGCAGUGACAUUUGCUGACAUGGUCUAUGGAAUAUUCAGCUGGACCAUUCCAGUGGCUGUGGCUUUGUCUUGCUUUGGUGGUCUCAACUCCUCCAUCCUCGCUGCCUCCAGAUUGUUUUUUGUAGGUUCAAGAGAGGGUCACCUGCCGGACAUGUUAUCAUUAAUCCACAUGGAGAGGUUCACCCCAGUACCUGCCCUGCUUUUCAAUUGUGCUGCUACUCUUGUCUAUCUGUCAGUGAAGGAUGUCUUCCAGCUCAUAAAUUAUUACAGCUUCAGUUAUUGGCUGUUUGUUGGUCUGUCAAUUGCUGGACAGGUUUACCUGCGCUGGAAGGAGCCAGAUCGUCCAAGGCCUGUGAAGCUCAGCCUGUUUUACCCGAUCGUAUUUUGUUUGUGUACGGUGUUCUUGGUGAUUGUUCCUUUGUAUAGUGACACUGUAAACUCCCUUAUUGGAAUUGGAAUCGCUCUAUCUGGAAUUCCGGUCUACUUCAUGGGAGUAUAUCUUCCAGAAUACAAAAGACCACCUUGCAUUGGGAAACUUUUAGCUUUCCUCACACGCUGGACACAGUUGAUUUUUAAUUGUGUUUUAACGGAGAUGGACUUCUCAGAUGAAAAGCUGGAAGAACCAAAGUCUGCUUAAAAUUUUACUCCUGAAUAAGCAGAACAGAUUUUUGUUGGGGUGAUGAAGCUUUUGAAAGACGUGAAAAGACCCAGACGCAUCUUCUAAACUACCACACAGCAGCCUUGUCAAGGUUGAGCAUAGCUAGACAUGGAAGGAACCGAGGCCUACUCUACAUGGGUGUAUUUAACGCUUUGUAAGGAUCAGUGGCUGGUCAAUCGCUACCACAAAGCUCCGGGUGUUGGGAGGAUUUUUUGUUAACAAUUCCUGCUGAAUAUUUUAUUUUCAAACGGUUCCUCAUUUUUAUGAUAAACAUAAUUUAAAAAUACACAACACUUUGCACAGUA